GUUAGUCACUCUCAGUCAGAUAUCAUUAACAGAGCAUAAGUCAUGGCACGUGUAGAAUUGCAAGAAUUAUGCUUUAAAACUGAAAAAAAUGUCUCUCCCCAUGGAAAAAUGGGUAGAAUUGCAGAUAAUUAGCUGUAAAACUGAGAAAAAGCAGUGUCUUGCCCCAUGGCAUUUAAAAAAAAAAAAUAUCAUGAAAUUUGAAAUAAUAUUGUAAAGACAAUUAUCCGCCCCAUGACAAAAUGUGUAGAGUUGCAGGAAAUUCACUUUAAAACGUACAUUUAAUCUCUGCCAUAAAGAGGGAGGGUCACUAAAAUGUUUUGCAGACUCAAAUGUUUUGCUUGCUUAGGGCCCCCCCAAAAGGCUAAAACGGGCCCUGAGUCAGAGAAUGUCAGUUGAUAGAAAUUAAUCUGCAGUGACUGGGAUCUGUCAUGCUCAAUGAUCAAGAUAAUUAUAAUGUUGGACAGUCAUGAAACAUGACAACAUGCACAGGUGCUCGUCUCUAGGAAUCAGUUCAGCAGCACAAAGUAUAACAAUACACGUUUCAAACACUAGCUCGGAGUAAAAUAGUAGAGCAUCAACAGCAUGCAUUUCCUUCAUACCAUGUGACUUCUCGUAAAUGUCAGGUGAAAAAGAAAGUGAAAUCUAGCUAUGUUGGAAAAACACGUACAAGAGAUAGUCGAGGAGCAAAUCGGCUUCUCUUAUUCAUAUCCCACAGUCCGUCCUGUGUGUAUGAGGCAACGACUGAGAGACAGUGGAGAGAGAGAGCAACACGAUGACAACCCAGCAGCAGGAGGGAGCCCAGUUUAUAGAUGAUCACAGGGCAGAGCUUAUUCAGAGGGUCAGUCCAGUAGAGCCCAUUGCAGAUGUCAUGCUCUCACAGGGACUGAUCCAUCCAGAGGUUAAUUCUAACAUCCUGGCUGCCAGAACCAGCCAGGACAAAAUGAGGGCGCUAUACGGAGCCAUGUCCACUCAACCCCAGAAGGAGGCACUCUACAGCAUCCUGGUGAAGAACUAUUCUUGGGUCACUCAGGACAUCCAUAGAAUGAGGAUAUUGCCAUUGGGAAAAACUUGUGCUGGGAGGAGUGCAUCAGGAAACACAAUCCUUGUGGAAGGACUGAGACAGGAGAGAAUGGCAAUCAGCAUGGGCCACACAGAGGAGGAGAUGAACAAUACCAGAGUGCUGCAGCUGAAACAGAAUGUUGUCGAGCGAGUGCCAGAUAGACCACCAAGGAAGUCAGCAACAUUCCAUGUUAGAGUGAAUGGACUGAGAGGGGAGAUAAUGGAAAUCGACGUGGGCCAAUCCGAGGAGGAGAUGAACAAUACCACAGUGCUGCAGCUGAAACAGAAAAUUGCCCAGAGACUACCAGGCUGGGACAUAGAUACCCUAACGAUGAGAUACACAUGCAAGACUCUGGAAGACUCGCGCUUGCUCUCCUGUUACGGAAUCCAGGACAAGUCUCUCAUCAAUCUAGUGCUUGAUAAAUAUAGAGAUUAAAGCAUCUUCACCAGUCACAUCAUCCCACUACACUACUCUCCAAAAAAUGCUGGGUUGUUUGGUUGAUCCUGGGUUGCAGGUGUUGGGUUGGGUUGUUUUCUUUAAAAACUGCUGGGUUAUUGAUGCUGAGUGUUGGAUUAUUGUAAAUCCCAUUGUUGGGAUACAAUAAGGUGGUAUACCUUAUUAUAAUCUGUAAUGAUUAAUCCAAUGUGUAAAAUGCAAAUAAAAUAAAGGACAAUUUGAAUUUGCGGUAUGUAAGCUUAACAUGAUCAAAUGGGAUGACAUUUACUCUCACAGUGUGGCCAAUACGAUCUAGCUGAAUGCCACACCCCUAAAAUGCGACACUUUUUGAAAAUGACCGUACAUUCAAAAUGACCCAGCUGCUUUGUCAACCCAGCAUGAGAGUUAAAAAUACCCAACUGAUGGUUAAAUGAACCCUUGUUUGGGUAAUCCAAGACACCCAAUUUGUUGGAUAAGCCACGCAACCCAACUGGGUGUGAUUUGUCCUUAAUUUCUACCCAGCGCUGGGUUUCCAAAUAACUCAAAUUGUGUUGUUUUUAACACCAGGUUUCCUUGCCCUGGUUGGCUCGGAAGGUGCCCAUCCCACGUCGGGCUGCCCUGCAUUAAGCACUCAUGCCACCAUCGUUUACGCACAACUGCCUUCCCUCGUCUUUAGUAAUAUUUGAUAUAUCCUUCACUUGUUCUUUACUAUGGUCUGCUCUUCAUGUUUAUCCCUGUGGAGUGUAACAAAACUUUAUACUGAUGUAAAUGCUUUUGAUUCAGGUACCUACCGUUUCAAAGAAGUCACAUGAUUUAACAGAGGGGGUAAUUCAACUUCAGAGCCACUUUCUCUCCUCAGUACAGACCGACUGUGGCUGCUGUCCUGGGGGUCACUGCUGAUGUGUGUCUCCUGGCUGCCCUGAUGGUCGCCUAGAGGGCAAACUUUUUAUCCAGAUCAAAAUGAUCCCGUGUUUUCUCAAUCCGGUUUCUCCAUUCAAAUUUGUUCCUCAAUCUAAGACAGAAAAUAUUCUGACCAAAUGUCAUGGGAUCAUACAGUACAACAUGAACUUUGUAGCUUAGCGUUAGAAAGUUAUAAAAUAUUUAAUUGUCACUGCAAUGAUACAAUAAUUGACAAUACAAAAUACAGAUUUUAAAAACCACAUUGUUGACCACUAAAAUAGAAUUUGAGAGGAAAUAGCACAUGAUGUGAUAUGUUAGAGAUUUGUUUCCAUUUUGUCUUAAAACGAGGGACCAUAUUUAACACAACACAGGGUCAUUUUGAUCUGGAUUUAAAAACCUGGGCCAAUGAGGUACCGCUCAUCCAGAGUCAGGGUGCAUGCUGCCCCCUGAGGCCCCCGGGUUUCUGCAGUUGCACUCAACCCUAUGUGAUUCAAAAUAAUACUGAUGGAAACUAGGUGACCAUAAUAGCACAGUCUUUCAUGAUUUAAUACAGCAGGAAAUCAACUAUUCAUUAAGUUGAACUGAGCAAAAAGCAAAGCUUAGCAAAGCUCAGGUUUUCUAUGAUCGUUCCCUUGAUUUGUUUUAUGAGAUUUCACUUUCUCUGCCAUUAUGAUAUGAUGUGCCUUUUGUCAUAUUCUACCUUAUUAAUAUCCUUCUCUUUGAUAUUUAUUAUAUUUGACCCUGGAGGAUAAGACCUUAAAACUUUGCACUGAUGUUAUGCUGCAUUCAUGACGUGUCGAAAUUAGGAAACUCAAACAUUUCUGUCUUGAAAACUCGUUGUAGGAAGAUGUCACAUUCAAGACAACUCGGAACUCGAAUACUCUAACAUUUCAGACUUGGGAACUCGUUGUAGAAAUCGAAGAUCCAAGUUUCCCACUUAGAAAAUAUAAAAAUCAACCAAUAAGAAGCUCUAUGCAAAUUUGAACUCAGAGGUCCCGAGUUUCCAAGUUGUCUUGAAUGUGGCAAUAAUACAUGAGUUGCCCACUUGGGAAGUAUCAGAAUCAACCAAUAGGAAGCUAUAUGCAAAUAACUUACACAUUGAUUUGAACUUGGAGGUUCUGAGUUUUCCGAAUUGUCAUGAAUGCAGCAUUAAAUAAUUAUCUAAUCAGGUACCUACUGUUUGCAAGAAGUCACACAAUCUAACACAGGCCCGCAGUGACCUGCAGUUACACUUUCCCCAGGGGCGAAAAUCUGAUAUCAACUUUGGAGGGGACAAUUACCUGACAUUUUCUCAAGAGCAAUUCCUGAGGGGGACACCAAAAGUAGUGCUGCAACACAUAACCUACUUUGUAAUAUGUUAAAUGUAUAUUGUGGAACCAUAAUCACUACUACUGGAUAAUUGAUAGGUACAGUAGUUAACUUGUUCAAAUGUUUAAAUCAUUAUAAUACUACUACUAAUAAUAGUUAUAGCAGUGUUCCUUAUCAGUCCAGUAUGUAUGCACGUAUUUGUAAUUACAACCAGCAAUACCAACAAAGGCCAGUAGGUGGUAAAUACAAUGAACAUGGUGUGAUCUUGUCUAAAAUAAUCCCCAUUGAGAACCAUCACAAAGUUGGUCUCCGUAUUGAAUUGACCUUUUUCUGAUACAUUUAUAUAGUCAUUAAAUAUGUGCCACUGGCCUGAGUCUACUACAACAAAUCAAAUUUUAUUUG